AUGUUCAGUGACAAUGCUGACCUGCACUCUAAAAGUGAAAGUAAAAAUACAAUUACAGGUGGAGGAAAUGAACAGUCCACAGAUGUUAUCAGUGCUUGGGAAGGAGACUCCAUCAACAUAAUUUGCCCAAUGAGUGGUUCACAAUAUCAAGUGGGGAUGUACUUGAGACUUAUCAGACAGAGUAUUGAUGUGGCAUAUUUUCCCAAGGAGGAAUCUCCAUCUGUCAAUCCUGUCUUUGCUAAUCGUCUUGAGUCUUCAAAGGAAGGGCAGACUCUCAGGAUAACCCUGCACAGGUUCCAGGAAUCUGAUUCUGAAAUCUACGUAUGCUCUGAUUUUUUAAAUAUCAGUGGCCAUCACAAAGAGAUACAUAGGAAGACAACCAUAGUAGUGGCCAAAGCUGGAUCCAGAAGAAUUGUGGAGCAAUCACCACUCCAUGCCAACCCCGUGCAAGGCCAGUCUGUCAACAUCACCUGCGUGUUGAAAAGCUCACCUGAAGAUGAGAAGUUCUACUUGCUCAGGACUCACGUGCAGCCUGGCACAGUUCUGUCUGUGUCAAAGCUCAACGUGUCAGAGGUUUCUCCUGCCUUUGGGAGUCGCUUGGGGUAUUCAAGGGAAGGAAACAGAGCUGUGGUAACUCUGCACAAGCUCCAGGAGCAGGACACUGAUAUCUACAACUGUGCCCAGGAUGUGAAGGGUUCCCCUCUGCUCUCAGCCAGUGGCACCAUGGUGCUGGUUAAAGAAGUGGAGCAGGCAUGUGAGAAGAGCUCCUGGGAUUCGUAUGUCCUUGGCACAGUGGUGGCUCUGCUGUUCUGUGCCCUGGUGUGCUGCACCUUGUACCGUGUGGAUGUGAAGAAAUAUUUCCAGAAGAAAAAGCCCAAUGUGGUGUAUGAAGACAUGUCCUACAACUCCAGACGGAGCACGCUGGUCAGAAGCAACACCUGUUCCAGAGGUGAAUGAACUUCUGCCAGCUGGACCAUUCCCUCACAGCCAGCUCUCAGAGCUGCUUUAACCACCUGAACUGAAGUUGCUAUCACCUACCUUCUUCAGCGGGUAGAAAAUCUUCAUUUCCAAUGCUGUUUCUACUUUUUUAAAUUUUUUUUUUUUUUUUGUAAUAUACAGAAAAAGUAGCAAAAUGCAGGUACCCUGGACAGUGUAUGCAGUUCAGUGUGAAAAAGCAGCAAUUUGGGGUUAAAUGCAACAUAUGGACUAGUUUCUUUGCUAAAUAACCCUUUCUGGGAUGGGGAGGUCUGGUUCUGAGCAUUGCUAAAUCUCAGGAAGACCACACGGGUCUGAUCAAGAAUUUGUCGUGGAUCCACACAGGUGUGGAUUCCAGUUCUCUCGUGGACCCUUGCUCAAGAGC